AUGGAGGCGGAAGGGUCUAAAGAGGUGCAACAGAUGGCAGGUACAGUAAUGUGCUCGUUAAAUAAACAAUCUCAUUCACCUACAUCAUCUUCUUUCUUUAUGGAUCAUCUGUAUGAGCUAAGAGGCAGACAAAAUUACACCGUGGAUGACGAAAGUGGACUCAGGAGGGAUAAAGAACCACCAGACAGGGGCUUUUACUCUGAUCAAGAAAGCUAA